CCUCUAAUGAGACUUCGAAUGGGUUCACAACAUUACUUUUCUUCAAGGUCAAAGCAUCCCAAUGGUAACUGGAACGAAGGUUUCCUAUUUACUGUAUCUUAUCAUAAUCAGUUAUUUGAUACCAUUGAGGUAGAUACAAAUAUUUUUUUUAAAAAAAAGGAGAGAACUGAUGUCUUAUGAUGGGAUAUAGCUUGACUUGUACGAUAAAAGAAAAAAGUGGAGAUCAAAGACAAGGCAUAUUGGCAAAGCCAAAUUAAAAAUUGCACAAUUAAAGAAUCGAGAAUCAGUAUUUAUUACGUAAAUAAGGAGUAGAAAUAUAUAUAUAUGCGAUAGAUAUUUAUAGAUAAUAACCAUAGAUUCCUGCCAAUGUACGAAUAUCAUGUUAAGCGCUAUUUACCAGCUCACAUUCAAUUACCUCACAACUUUUUGAAAUCGCAUAUGCCAAAUAUGUCAAUGCCUAAAUUAAAACAAUAUUACAAUACUAAAAGAAAUCAUACUCAGCCAGAAGAGGAAGAUAUUAUUGAUGAUACGUUUGACCUACCUCCAUAUCAGAUUCAUUCAAGUCACAGUAGACACUCGAUGACUCCUUAUAUAGGUUCGAUUCAAGUGAGAGUAAGAUAUUCAUUCCAGCACCCUUCAACACAAGAUGAACAGGAGAUAUUGGAUGAUUUUUAUAGUCAUCAAAACGUGUCCAGUCUAUUCAAACGAAAGAAUUCGAGUAUUUAUACAGGAACGGACGAUUAUUCUUCUUCAAGUGCUCAAUCUGAUAUUAUUGAAAACUAUCAUGAUGCAGUCGAACCUAAUCUAGUUCUCGUCGAUCGUCCUGUGGUCGAACCUCAGAAUGAUUCCACCGUCGAUUUGAUGUUUCAGAAAAAACUCAAUCAAACCAACGUUGAUUUUCCCAAGACAGACAGUGAAAAUAAAAGAAAGGAUGACGUUGAAAUAUCAGAUACGGCAAGUAUAAAAAGUCAUAACUUUGGUGAUAAGAAUUUUGCAUUCAAAUGGAUAAACGAAUCGUUUGAAGAAGUUGCAUUGUCUCAUCCCAGUUUAGACAGAAUGAUCGGUCUGGUCGUCAGCCCUCAAACUCGAAUUUUACUUCGUGCAGUUGUCAAGAUGAUUAAUGCCUUUGUAAGUAGAUAUCAUGUAAAAUUAAAACCUUUCAACUUAGUGUUAUUAGGGACAAGGAUUCAAAAUCACUAUCCUACAACUCAUCUCAUCUUUGUCUUUACUUCAAAACUUUUAUGCCGAGAUUCCGAGAGAACCGCCGGCAGAGAAGAUCACUGACCUCAAGUUUCUUGAUGAAGCUUAUUACUUUCUAGGACAUGCCAUCAUUGCUUAUGUAAAUUUAGUUUGCUGUUUACAUUUU